CUUGAUAUCCGGACUUGUUUUGCUAUUGGAUUUUGCUGUAUUAUUAUAGUGUUUCAAUGAGAAUAAACCAUGGAAUGAUCGUUUAUUAUUUAUGCUACGCGUAGUGAGAAUGUUUUGUCUCACAACAACAAUCUUACUUAUUUAUAAUAUAUAAAGUACAACUUUUAACGCAUUGGUGAUUAAUAAUUGAACAGUUUAUUAAUAAGUUAAUAUUAAGUUAAAAAGAAAUGGACUUUUAAACAAGUGUAAUAAAGCAAUUGUUACUGGCAGAAUUACAAACCCGGAUCAUCACUAGUGUAUUUCGUUGAUAUGGAAUCGAUCCGUCCCCUCCUGUUCAUUGCGGUGCUGGCCCACCUGGUCUUGUUGGGGGCUGCUAAACACCCACACAUCAUAUUCAUUGUGGCCGACGAUUUGGGAUGGAACGAUGUUGGCUGGCACAAUGAUCAGAUGUUCACGCCCAACCUGGACAAGAUGGCCAGUCGUGGCGUUAUCCUCAACUCCUCAUACGUACAGCCCGUCUGUACUCCGUCAAGAAACUGCUUCAUGACUGGAUACUAUCCCUUUCACACUGGACUUCAGCAUGACGUCAUUCACCCGUCCCAACCCGGGUACCUGCCGGCAAACUUCACCACGUUACCACAGAAACUGAAGCAGCUGGGAUACGCCACCCACAUCGUUGGAAAAUGGCACUUGGGUUUUUGCAACUGGAAGUACACACCAACGUACCGUGGGUUUGAUUCCUUCAUGGGCUAUUACAACGGUGCUGAAGAUUAUUUUACACACGUCAGAGAGAACGGCUAUGACUUCCGGUUCAACAAAUCCGUGCACCAUCCGCAGGAAGGAGAGUACUCGGCGAAUGUGAUAGCUGCGCGGGCGGUGGAGAUAUUGGACUCUGUGGAUCCAGUGAGGGACCAGCUCUACCUCUAUCUACCCUUCCAGUCCGUGCACGCCCCACUUGAAGUUCCUGAACGAUAUGAAAACAUUUAUGCCAAUAUUUCAACCAAGAACAGGCGUACCUACUGUGGCAUGGUUUCUGCACUGGACGAGGCGGUCGGGAAUAUCACUACCGCCCUGAGAGACCGGGGAUUCAUGGACAAUGCUCUUAUCGUCUUUACCACUGACAACGGCGGUCCGACGUAUGAGGCCGCCAACAACCUACCGCUUCGGGGUGCAAAGACGACGCUAUGGGAGGGCGGCACGCGAGGGGCGUCCUUCGUCUACAGCGAAAACCUCCUCCAGAAAACCGGAUACACGAACAGCGAAAUGAUUCAUGCUGUGGACUGGUUUCCGACUCUCCUUACGCUGGCAGGAGGGAAACCAGACGCCGGUAUGGACGGGGUGAACCAGUGGCCCACCGUCAGUUCCGGAGCUCCAUCCGCACGCUCGGAAUUCGUCUACAACAUCGACGACAUUUCAAAGAAUGCAGCCAUCAGGGUUGGCCAGUAUAAGCUGAUUGAAGGAUCUCCGGGUCAUUUUAACGGCUGGACACCACUACCGCCUCUGGCAGCUUCGGAUAUGGUCAAUGCUUCAUUUCCAAAGCAUCAAUUGUUCGACCUACAGGCGGACCCGACGGAGCACCAUAACAUAGCAAGUGACCACCCACAUGUUGUUUCAAAACUGCUGGACAGGCUCAGUUUUCACAAGGCGACAAUGGUUCCCGCCAACAACCCGCGCGCCGACCCCGCGUCUAACCCCCAAAACUUCGGCGGCAACUGGUCACCAGGAUGGUGCUAGUGUGGCCCAUCAAUUUGAUACUCAUUUUGCAUGGUGUUUUGUGCAGUCAUUUGAUCUAAAAGCUUUAUUUUAUGUAAAAAAGUAAAUAGAAAUUAAAACAUACCACAAUAGGUACGCCUGCCCUUGGUUUAACUAUUUGCAUAAAUGUCUACAUAUUGUUGCGGAACCUACAAAAACACUAAAAUUUAGUUAAUAAUAUUUUUGGACAUUUGUAGUUUUCAUAAUCAUCGGAAUGCGAAAAGUGAAAAGUUUAAAAGAACUUCGCUACUAUGAUUAACAAAAGGUAGACCUACAUUAAUCAAGGGUGGGGUUAUGGUGUAAGAAAAUAUGACGAAUAAAAAACUAAAAUAUUAAA